UCCGCGGCGCCACCUCUGCGGCCACCGCGUUCCCGGGCGAUGGAGAAUGGAGCGGUGUACGGCCCCACCACGGAGGAGGACCCGGGCCCGGCCAGGGGCGCCCGGAGCGGCCUCGCCGCCUACUUCUCCCUGGGCCGGCUUCCGUUGCGUCGGCUCGCGCUCAAAGCCUUGCAGCUGUUGCUGUCCCUGCUGGCCUUUAUCUGCGAGGAAGUCGUGUCACAGUGCACACUGUGUGGAGGACUUUACUUCUUUGAAUUCAUAAGCUGCAGUGCCUUUCUUCUGAGUCUCCUCAUCCUCAUUGUGUACUGCACUCCCGUUUACGACCAAGUCGAUACUCCCAAAGUCAAGCAGUCGGAUUUUUAUCUUACUGCGGGAACGGGAUUUGUGUUUUUGUUGGCAUCCAUCAUUUUCAUUUCCACACAUGAUAGGACCAAAGCUGAGAUCGCUGCAACCGUGUUUGGAUUUCUAGCAAGUAUUAUGUUCCUGUCUGACUUUGUCAUUAUGUUCUUCGAGAGACGACAGGAGUCCCAGAUGAGGAAACCAGAGGCUGCCAGGAGUGCAGGGGCCCUCACAGAACCCCUUAAUGCUUAAGGACUCUGGGGACCGGGUGUUAAAUAAGGUGGUGAAUGUGGUGAUCAGAAUUCAUCAUUAUGGCCAGACCCAGCCUCUACUCUGUCUUCACUGACUCAGGACCUUAGCCCUUUACCAGAGCUUGGGUGCCAGCUGGUGCUGAUGGUGUAGUCACCGCUGCCUCCCUGGGAGGCAAUGAAACCGAUCACUGAUGCUGUCGUUACUGGGCAUGCCAUCCAAGAGAGGAGAAAUAGCCUUGGUCUGGGCUCCAAGAAUGAAGAGCAGUGCAAAAACAACCCUCUUCUGGUCAGCAGGUUCUGGAAUUUCCCAUCUAACUGUACCACUUUCAUUUGAAAUACUGUCUAGACCCAGCUGGGUUUCACAGAAAGUGGUCUGGGCUACCUCUGCCCCCCCCCCCCCCACGCAUGGACUUAGUUGAGGUUGAUGGACAUGUCCCCGCCGGCCUCACACAUGGAGUGCGUUGACAUUGAGCUUCAGCUCUGCUUGCUCUGAGGCUUUGUUUCCAUUUGUUCGAUUGGGGCACGAGUGGGCCUCAUAGCUGCCACUUAAUCCUUCCCUUUUCAGAAAGAUCAUAUAUUCACUAGUAUUUUUGGUCACUCUAGAACUUUUCUUCAUAGUGGUUGUUAUGGGACCCGUGACUGAUAGCCUCCCUCUUCUAUCGUAGAAGGAAUGAGAGGAAAAAGACCUCUGUGGAAAUGUGGAAAAUAAAAAGUUUUCAAGGAGAACUUGGGACCAAAACCCCUUCUAUGUCCAAAACAGGGCACACUGAAUAAACUGAAGUUUAACAUAAUUUUUUAUUAACAGCCAUAUUAGACUUAAUUUGUUAU